AUGGAGGAAUGCCACAUGAUGAUAUUCCCAAUAUGUUUGGACGAGUUGACUGCUCGUAGAUGCCAAGAAUGUGGACAAACACUUCCUCCAACCUAUCAACCCCCGGCUGACGAAGAUUGGUCAACUGGAAUUUUUGGGUGUACUGAAGAUACCGACAGUUGCUUGACUGGACUAUUCUGCCCAUUUGUGUUAUUUGGACGUAACGUUGAAAACUUGAACGCUGAUAUCUCUCAAAGGGCUGCCUGUGUUGGUCAUAUCAUAUGUGUCGAAGGUGGUAUGACGUUUGCUGCAUUGACAUCAGUUCUUAAUGGCAUUGAUCCACAGACAUUAUUUCUCAUUUAUGAGGGUCUGUUCUUUGCUUGGUGGAUGUGUGGAAGCUAUACCAGCAUGGCUCGGCAAUCAUUGCAAAAAAAGUAUCAUCUAAAGGUGAUCUGAAUUGCAUUAUU